CUCAAUUUGACAACCGGUAUAGAUUAAUGUUUAUCGUAAAGGCUUUGCGUAUUUACACGAACGUUUGACGGUCACUGUGGCUAUAUAAAUAGAGGCGGUAUCGCGGCGCGCGCACUAAAGCACUGUUUCUGUAGCCAUCAUGAUUUGUUUGCGGGUUUUCGUUCUUGCUGUAUUCGCACUGCUCCUGCAGGUGCACGCAAGACCUGACAGCGGUGAAACCAUCCCUCUGCCGGGACCUGGACUGUCUUAUGGAGGCAUCCCCUACGGCAGUAUGAGUGGCAAUGUCGCAGAGUUCUUUAGACAGCAAGCGGCACCUGGCGGCCGCGGGCUGAACUACGGCGUGCGCGGCAACGUCGACUACGCACCUAUUGAGCAAUACCUAUGAUAGAUGGCGCUAGUCAACUUAGCUUGUAAAUAGUAGAGAUUAUUAGGAUAGAGUUUUUGAGCUAAAGGCGCUAAAGCAUUAUUUCGUUCUUUCAUCGACACAGUAUCAGAUUGUCAUGUUAAGAAAUUUAUGAC